CGGCUCGCGCGCAGCUACCGCGGCGUUGUUGUUAGGAGGAGACGGUCCUCUGCUCGGCCAGCGGCUCCUCGUGAGUUCCGCUGCUCUGCCUCCUCACUCUCAUGUUAUCCACCAGCGGAUUUCUUCACUUGGAUUGAGAUCAUAAAACAUUAAGGAUGGACUCGGAUUUGGGGGCUGGAGGCGACAGCAGCACACGGCGGAAGAUGGAGGCUGCUAGCGAUGCAGUGGAGAUCACACCGCUGGAAAUGUAUGAUUCAGCGAGGGCCAAGAUCGCGGCCAACCUGCGCUGGCUGUUCGCUAAAGCCUACGGGAUCGAUCACAUCCCAGAGGACAUGCGGGACCCCUUCUACACAGACCAGUAUGAGCAGGAGCACAUUAAGCCUCCUGUGAUCAGGCUGCUGUUGUCUUCUGAGCUCUACUGUCGUGUGUGCGGACUCAUUCUCAAAGGGGACCAGGCGGCCUCCCUUCAGUCCCACCAGUCAGUCAUCCAGGCUAUGUCUCGCAAAGGCAUCUAUGUCAUGGAGGGAGAUGACACCCCGGUCACAGAUGGCGACCUCACGUGUCAGCCAAUCAAAAUGAGCUCACACAUGCCUAUGAUUGAUGCCCUGAUGAUUGCCUACACGGUGGAGAUGAUCAGCAUUGAGAAAGUGGUGACCUGUGUGAAGCGCUUCUCUACCUUCAGCGCCUCUAAAGAGCUUCCCUUUGACUUGGAGGACGCCAUGAUCUUCUGGAUUAACAAGGUGAACUUGAAAAUGAGGGAGAUCUCUGAAAAGGAAUACAAAGUGAAUCUUCUGGAUUCUCCCAGUCAUCAGAAGGUACGCUAUAGACGGGAACACGCCUCAGGUCGUCCACUUCCCCACUUUCCCCUGCUGGAGGAUCUUAUGAGGGAUGUGUGUGAUGGUGCUGCCCUACUGACUGUAGUCCACUACUACUGCCCAGACCUUAUGAAGCUUGAUGAUAUUUGCUUGAAGGAAGUCACCUCAAUAGCAGACAGCCUGUAUAAUAUCCAGCUACUGAAGGAGUUUGCCAAUGAGUACCUAAAUAAAAGUUUCUAUUUAACACUAGAAGACAUGCUGUAUUCACCUCUGGUGCUCAAACACAAUGUGAUGGUAUUCAUCGCAGAACUUUUUUGGUGGUUUGAGUUUGUGAAGCCUGAGUUUGUCCACCCAAGGGAUGUGCAGGAAUUGAAAGAUGCAAGAGCAGUGACGCAAUCGAAGAGCUCCCGGCCCUCCGUGCCCAUCUCCAACGCUACCAAACGAAGCUUCCUGCUCUCACCUGGAACCGAUUCAGCUCAUCCUGUCCCAAACAGCCCCGAAGUGUGUAACAGGUACUUCCUGCACACUGAGGAAUCUGAUCCGUCUAAUAAAGGGAAUUCCACCUUCAGCCCCUCACAUCCACUUUUACCACUGAGACAGAGGCAGCAAAAAGCUCAGCAGGGAGAGGAUGUAUCAGGCUGUAGAAAUCGUUCUAAUUCGCUGACACAGGAAAGUCACUCUCGAGGGUCUGUGGCCUGGUCAGAAAAAAGACAAAGGCCACUCUCCCAGCUGAAUCGCUAUGUUCUCCACUGUGCCGUGGACACUGAUGCAGACUUGGCCUCAGGUGACAGUGCUAGCCUCACAUGCUCCAUCAGUGAGGACAGCCUGGCCUCUACUGUCACGCCCAUACACCAGGGUCAUCCAAGCCAGGGUGGUCCUCGACGAGUCAAUGGUAAUGGUCAUGGACUUCUUCUAAAUGUUAACAUGGAUGAAGCAGAUGAUACGAUGACUGUUAUUCGGGAGGAGUCGUCUAAAAAUGAGGUUACUUUGUCAAACUCAUCGGAUGUAGAACACCGGUCUGCUACCCCUAGUGCUAAAACAAGCUCACGGGGAAGACAGGAGGAAUCUCCUUCAGAUUCCAGAACAGCCAGUUUCUACCUGGAACCACUGAUGCCUGCUGUCCUUAAACCAGCAAAAGAAAAGUCUGUAUGCUUAAAUAAGGAGGAAGAGUCAGGAGAGGGACGUCAGCGUGGGUCAGCACGGAGGGGUGGUGCUGGAGAGGGUCCCAACUCUUCAGCUAAGCGAAGACCUACAUACAAUCUUAAUCGGACCUUCAACGCCAGCUCCAUCUCAGAUCUUGAGAUAGCUUCUGAACCCAAAUCCAAUGAAUCUGUGCCUCCCUCUGCUGGACAAACUCAUGCCUUCAGACACGCAGCCCCAAACAGUGUUGAGUCGUCUGCUGAACAUUCCCCUGGGUUCUACCUGCACUCAUCAGUGGCUGAAGACAAGAGGCCUGUUCAAGCUUGGGGUGUACUGCCUGACGACAACACAGAGACUGUGGAGACGAUUGAAGAUCAGGAUGCAGAACUAACCAAGGAACUUCAUCCACCUAAGAGACCGUUUUGUGAAGAGGAUCAGGAAUCUGCAAAGCUUCAAGAGGACCUGAGUGUGAAGGAGCAUGAGGAUAAGGAUGAAGGAAGUAGGUGCUCCAGCCCUGCUCUCAGUGUUCAGUCACAGGUCAGUAGUGUGGCUAGUGGCAGUGUGAGAAUGACUAGCUUUGCAGAGCGAAAGAUGCAGAAGUUUGGCAGCAAUCAAGACAUUCGCUCCAGCACCAGCAGCUCGCAAAGGACUACGCCAGAUGGUUCUGAGAUCUUCCCUUUUUCCCUCACCUCAUGGAGGGUGAAAAGGGACCAGAGUCCUACACAGCAGGGCAAGGACAACAACAAUAUGCUGGCUUCGGAGCUUGUACAGUUACACAUGCAGCUCGAAGAAAAGCGCCGUGCCAUUGAGACUCAGAAGAAGAAGAUGGAGUUCUUGUGUGCUAGGCAAAGGCUCAAGCUCGGAAAAGCUGCCUUCCUGCAUGUAGUAAAAAAAGGAAAGAGUGACACACUCCCUCAGUCCUUCAGAUUAGACCACUUGAAAAAUGGCCAAAAGCUUAAUGGAGAAAAAGAGCAGUCAUCGAAAGACGACUCCUGUCUUGAUGCUGUGAGGGAUACGGCGAAAGGCACUGAGGAGCCAGAGAAGGCAUCCCUUGAGUGGGGGAGUGCAGCUGCUACACCAUCUAGUGCCUUAGACGUAGAUGAGGAAAUAGACCUUAAUGAGUGUAACCGCUCCAUAGAAAUGCUUAACGAGGCCAUCAGCAGCAUUCAGCAGCAGAUGAUGCAAUUGUCUCUCCAGCAGGACCUACUUAUAAAGCAAAACGUCCAGUCUCCUCCAGGUGCUGCCCCACCCCCUAUCGAUGACCGAGGAAAUUUACAUGAACCAAAGGUUCGAGCAGCUGUUCAUUUUGUAGAGCCGAGCGGCAGCCCUGCAGUUCGUAAGCCCCCCAAGCUGACCUCCGCACGGUUACGCUCCAAACCCUCUGAGCUGAAGCUAUCCAAGGACUACAGCAAAGGGCAGAAAAUAUCUACGCCCACUCCCGUUGACAGUCCCACUGCUAGAGUGAGUCCAGGAGGCAGGACCCCCAAAGCAGAGCCUGAGACAGUCAGUCAAACUGAUGCGACACUAACGAAGACCACAUUCCAUCUCCAUGACGAAGCUAACUUGCGUACAGUUUCAAGGGAACCGAGCUCUGUUGCACUCGGAGUGACUUACGAUGAAAGUAUGCCUAGUACGUUACAGAACCCUGAGGAAUCCUUUGACAUUGGUCCUGGGAUUGAGAACAGCUCGUGCAACAAGGCCAAUCUGGUCGAUGUGGACAUGUCAGUCAUAGCCCAGUCAGAUGAGCACAGUUCUAAUGUAUUAGAAGUACCUACUGAUGCACUGGAUGGAGAAAAGAAAACUGGCAUGGGCUUUUUCUUCAAGGAUGAGCAGAAGGCAGAGGAUGAAAUGGCCAAAAAGCGUGCAGCAUUUCUCCUGAAACAACAGAAGAAAGCAGAGGAGGCUCGGCUACGCAAGCAGCAGCUAGAGGCAGAAAGUGAGCUUAAGAGGGACGAAGCCAGGAGGAAAGCUGAAGAAGAGCGGAUGAGAAAAGAGGAAGAGAAAAUCAGACGAGAGCUAAUAAAACAAGAGUACCUGAAAAGGAAACAGCAAGAGUUGUCUGAAGAGCAGGAACAGCCUAAGCCUAAACCCAAACCCAAGCCCAGGAAGCAGAGACCAAAGUCUGUGAUGAAGGAAGAGCUUUCCACAGAGACACUUCCAAAGUGCACUCCUGCUAAUGAGAACCUGAUGAGUGCCCAGUCUGGCUCUAAUCUCUCACUGGCCUCCCUGGCCACUACAGAAGCAGACAGCGUGAACUCGGGAGGUGCAGGAUCUCAGCGGGGGGAAUCCGUGGAGUCGUUUUCAGUCCUCAGUCGGACAACCGAGCGCGACUGGGACAACGGUUCUACUGCGUCUUCCAUUACAUCGACGUCUAUGGCGGAAUAUACCGGGCCAAAACUUUUCAAGGAGCCAAGUGCAAAGUCUAACAAGCCGAUAAUCCACAAUGCUAUUUCUCACUGCUGCUUGGCCGGAAAAGUAAAUGAACCACAGAAGAACGCCGUUCUUGAGGAAAUCGAGAAGUGCGAGUUGAACCACUUAAUGAUUCUCUUCCGUGAUGGUGGCUGCCAGUUCCGUGCACUCUACUCAUACUUUCCUGACACCGAGGAGAUUCACAAGCUCACUGGCACAGGGCCUAAAAGCAUCACCAAGAAGAUGAUCGAUAAGCUUUACAAGUACAGCUCAGACCGCAAGCAGUUCACAGUCAUACCUGCCAAGACCGUGUCGGUCAGCGUGGACGCCCUGACCAUUCACAAUCACCUCUGGCAGGCCAAGCGGCCUGCUAUGCCAAAAAAGAGUGCAAAAUGAAACUUUUGGGAACUGUAAUCAAGGGACGCUCUUGUACCUACUGUAUGUUUGGAAAGACGAUAAAGAUGUUCACAACCAACUUCUCUUCUUGUUUUGUGCUGCACCAAGAGUGGCUGUGUACAAGUGAAUGUCUGGACAGUCAACAUGCUCCUUGUUUGAUCUGUACAUGGUGGAGGUUUUGUUCUGUACCUGAAGCCUGUGGCAUUUUUAUUGAUUGAGUUCUUGUUACUUGAAAUACAUUUUCAGUUUGGCAAGCUCACGCACAGCAGAGCUUUCCUUUCUGAUCGGCAGAUGUUUUGUCUUUUUACUGUAAAAUACAGACUGAGACAGCUGCAUCGAGAUAAGGUCUGCUGCUUAUGAAGAUCAUAACUCAAAUUCAUGUAGAAAAGUAUUUGCAGAGUUUCUCUCUCUCUUUCUCUUUCUAUCUUUCUCUCUCCUCCCACCCCCCCUCCCAAAUCAUGCUGCUUUGAAAUGUCUUCUGUAUCCGUCACUGUAUGACAAUCCCAGUCAUACACGUUGUUGGCCUUCACACAUCAUCGUGGUACUAUUGUCUAUUUAUUCAGCGCUUACAAAGCAAAUCAGCUGUAGCACUGCUGUAUAGAACUAAGGUGGACUUCUUUUUUUAAAAAAAAAAUAUUGAAUGAAAUAGGCUUUGGUACAUGUCUCAGAUGCUCUUUUGUUUUGCUACUCUAACUCUACAGGUAGUGAUUUCUCCACUGGACAGCUGCGUCCUUUACAACGGUGCACUCAUGAUUGUUUUAGUGCUUUAUUCAUGCAAUGUAACCACGAGUGAUGUCGUCUCUGAAGCUUUGUUUCUCAAUGCAAAAGAGCAGCAUGCUCUAUUCUGAAGAGUGUCGCUGUAGUUUGAAUGACAGUAUUUAAUAUAUUCAUAAUCGGUUACUUCCUUUGCAGUUGCUGUCUAAUUAUUUACCCGUGUUUGAAACAUUCCUUGGAGACAGGAGAAAAAAAAAAGGUGUCAACACUGCCGUGUCCUUGUUUUAAACGUUUAAAACUUUUGUUUUGAGUUGGGGGUCAAGAACAAAAUAGUGUUGCACAUGCACUUUACUUCUUUAGAAAAAGUGAUUAGUUAGGGAUUGAAGGGUGCACAAGACUUGUGCUCAAAAGAAUUGGCAUUAAACUGCUUAGUACACUAAAAAUCUUCAAACGAACACUAAUUUAAUUCAGAUGAGCAAAACUAAUGGCCCCGUGAAAGCUCUUUAAACUACUGCUUUUCAGAAGGUGUACUUCAGACGUUGGGUCUCUAAUACGUUGCUGCAUUUGUUUACUUUUAAAUUACAUUUUUGUAUUGUCUGUUUAUAAAUCCUCUAAAAAUUGUACUGAUUUCACUCACCAUUCUUUUAAAACACUGUACUUUUGCUCAUUUUACUCUCUCCACCUUACCAUUAUUUAUUUUAAACGUAGGCACUGAGAAUUGAAUAAAUUUUCAAUAAAUUCAUUUUUGUCAUU